GUGCAUGUAUUUGACUUUUAUUAUCCACAAAAUCUCAUAAAUCCCCCAGAAAAAGAAAUGUUACUACAUAUUUUCUAUUUUCUACAACGGUAACAAUACAUAUUUUCUAUUUUGUUGGUCAACAAGCAAAAAAAGAAAUCUCUAAUUUCUUAUUUUCAAAUUAAAUCUGUAUAUAAAUAUAACUCAUAAACAGAUCCUUGUACUAACAAUAGUUUCUACAUUGAAAACACAACUAAGAAUAAAGAAUGACGUUGUAUAUCUUCUUGAUUUCUCUUCUUCUUCUCUCUCUUUUGUCAGCUGUUGUCUCCGACGACGCAUCUUUCCAGAAACUUCCGGUGCCGGGAAAGAGGUCAGGCCCUGAAUCUUUUGCCUUUGAUUCCACCGGAAAAGCUUUCUACACCGGAGUCUCCGGUGGUAAAAUCCUCAAGUAUACUCCUGACAAAGGUUUUGUCGAUUUUGCUCAGAUAACUAAGACUUCAACUUCUUCGUGGUGCAAAGGAGUAUUUGGAACUGCAUUGGCCAAGAAAUGUGGCCGACCUGCGGGGAUAGCCUUCAACCCAAAGACAGGUGACCUUUACGUCGCUGAUGCUCCAUUGGGUCUUCACGUUAUCCAUCCCGCCGGAGGUGUGGCCACAAAGAUCGCAGACAGUGUUGACGGAAAGCCCUUCAAGUUCCUCGACGGUCUUGACGUUGAUCCCACCACCGGUGUCGUCUACUUCACUUCUUUCAGCUCCAAGUUCAGCCCCAGCGAAGUGUUUAUCGCAGUGGGAGUAAAAGACGCGAGUGGAAAGCUCUUCAAAUACGACCCAGCGACCAAAGCAGUGACUGUGUUAAUGGAAGAUCUAAGUGGUGCGGCUGGUUGCGCCGUGAGCUCUGAUGGUUCAUUCGUGCUGGUUAGCGAGUUCAUAAAGAGUAACAUCAAGAGAUAUUGGAUCAAAGGACCAAAAGCUGGAUCUACUGAUGACAUCUUCUCAAGUUCUGUCUCGAACCCCGACAACAUCAGGAGGAUCGGUUCUACUGGAAAUUUUUGGGUCGCUUCCGUUAUUAACAAGGUCGUAAUGCCCACGGACCCUUCGGCUGUCAAAAUCGAUUCUAAUGGAAAAGUGCUUCAGACCAUUUUUCUCAAGAAUGAGUUUGGUAAUACAUUGCUCAGUGAAGCCAACGAGGUCGACGGCAAACUGUAUAUUGGAACUCUUACUGGACCUUUUGCCGGAGUUAUGAAACUUUAGAUUGGUAUUAGGUGAUUGCCCACGUUUGUGACCAUGUUGAAAAAGUCCCUAUUUAUGAUUAAUUAUUAAUCUAAAUUAAAGUGAUAAUAUCCUUUCAAAAUUCUAAACAAGGUUUGUCAACUUCCUUCCUUUUUUCUUGGUUGUAUUUGAGGAGGGAUGUUUCCUUAUAGUUGUCUUAUUAUAUGUAAAUAAAUAAAUUUUUUUUUGUCUCUGAAACAAUAAAUAAUUUUUGAGAAAAAUAUAGUUGCAUUACCAUUACCUAGUUUUGAUCGUUCGUUAGGAACAUGUUCGAUCCGAAGCAUAGGCAAAGAAGUUGGUUACUUAUAGUGCAUCACGAUUUAAUAUAAUAAAUUUAAUUAAUUGUGUACAUAACAUAAUAAAAAGAAUAUAAAAGAACAUAAAAGAAAAACAUAAAUUUUUAUUUGAGUCCAUAAGGCAUUAUGAACGUUUUCCAUAAUUUCCGAACAACACUGGUCAAGAAGAAAAUACGAAUUGGAGUUUACCAUUGACAGGUUUUGGUUGCUUCUUAACGAAAACAACAUUACUUCAGCUCAGGUAUAUUGUAAAAAACGUAACAUGCAGUGUAGUAUUUAUGUAUUUGGUAAUAUCUAUGACUAUGUUAAUAUUGUGCUACUAGGUGUUUUCCUACACUAUGUAAAGAAAUAAAAUUUCAAAAUUAUAUUUAUAAAUAAUUUUUUUGGUUUUAUUAUUUGCAUACAAUAUUUUAAUUCUAUGUAAAAAUUAAGAUAAAAUAUAUAUAAUUGUUUACAUUUAUAUUUAGUAAUAAUAUAUAUAUAUAUAUUGGAAAUAUUUUUAUUUAUUUAUUUUGGUUAAUAUAUAUUAAAUAAAAUUCUAUAAAAUUAAGGGAAAGUUUUGUUAUGUAUAAUUAACAAAACAUAAAAUUAAAUAAUAUUUCUGAAAUUUAUAAAUAUUAAAAAGAAAUAAUCAUAAUAUGAUUAGAAAAUUAUUAUUUUUUGAAUUAAGACUAGCAUUUUUUUAUGGAUUCAUAGGUAUGACCGUAUGAGAGUGGGAUACUACCAGAUUAAUCAAAAAAAAAAACCAGCAGUUUUGUUUGACUUUAUCUCCAACAAUAUAUGUCAAAAUUAAA